AUGGAGAAAAAAGUAGAGAUAAUAUCACAAAAUUUGAUUAAACCUAAAGUUUGUCAUAUUGAAUCCUUCAAUUUUUCAGCUCUAGAUCAACUUGCCCCCCUUCCUCACUACCCAAUUUUUCUAUACUAUCCACAUGAUGAUCAAGAAUCAACCAACAUAUCAACAAAAUCCCAACAACUAAAAAAUUCAUUAUCCAAAAUUCUAUCUGAUUUUUAUCCCUUUGCUGGUAGAUUAAUCAAUGAAAACACUUCAAUAAGUUGCAAUAAUCAUAAUAAUGAUGAUUUUGGUGUAUUAUUUAUUGAAGCUUUUGCACAUAACUAUAACCUUCAAGAAGACAUUCUUCUCUCAGGCAUUAAAACAAACGCUUGUGGACACUUUGUCCCAACACUUGAUUCACUAUUGCAAACUCAUUUGUUGAUUGUUCAAGUCACAUUCUUUGAAUGUGGUGGCAUGAUUCUAGGUUGUUGGGUUUCUCAUAAGUUAUCCGACGCUACGUCUAUUUCCACUUUCAUCAAUAACUGGGCAUCUACUGCUCGAGGAGGAGCAAUGGAUGCCCAGUUAUUACAGACCCCUGAUUUUAAAACAGGGGUCAAAGUCUUCCCACCAACCCAAAAACCCCCUCCAUCACCAUUUACUAAUCUUGUUGUUAAUGAACAACAACUCGUUUCGAAGAUCUUCUUGUUUGAUGGACCUAGCAUCGCGAAUCUUAAGACUAAAGCUUUAUCUAAGGAUGUACCUAGCCCUACGCGUGUUGAAGCUGUGUCAGCUCUGAUAUGGAAAUGUGUGACUGUCUCAUCUAAAAGUAGUUCUGGUUCAUCUUACUUAUCACAUGUAGUGAAUGUUAGGAAAAGACUUGUACCUUCAUUGCCUAGUGGGACUAUUGGAAAUUUUCUUGGCUUUUCAUUGUGUACUAAAAGUGAGAGAGACAUUAAUGAGUUACCAAAUAUAGUGACUAUAGUUAGAAAAAGUUUAUUAGAUUUUCCUUAUAGUAAAAAUGGCACAAAGAGUUUAAAUUGGGAUGUGGCUUUAGAUCCCAUAAUUGAAAAUUGGAAAAUGAUUGGAGAUAUUUUAUCAAGAAGUAGUGAUAUUGAGUUGUAUCAUUUUACUAGUUGGUGUGGUGUGCCAUUUUAUAAAGCAAAUUUUGGAUGGGGGAAGCCAAAAUGGAUGAGUAUUAUGGAACUUAAUUCCAAGAAUAUGAUUUUGCUCAUGGAUUCUAUAGAUGGUGGGAUAGAAGCUUGGAUUUGUUUGGAAGCAACACAUAUGUUGGAAUUUGAACAAAAUCAAGAUUUACUAGCUUUUGCCACCAUUAAAUAAUCAAUUAUGUGUUGGUAGAGAGUGCUUCCCCUUUUAUGGCGAACUCUUUUGGAAUUGGUUAAGAAUGAGCGCUACUAUCCCUGUUCGGAUUCAACCAGGUUUUAUUGAUCUUGAAUUCUUGAUCGUGUCCCCUUCCCAGCAGUACGUGGCGCGAAUCUGGCUUAGUAGGGCAAAGAGUUUUGGAAAUCAGAUAGUUAAAACAACUUGU